ACGGCCACUGAGCGGGCCCCGCUCACCUCCUUUGCUUCUCCACGCUCCAGACGAUGGUUCACACUUGUGUAGUGACCGGCUGCAGGAACAGGAGGACCCCGGGCACCGGCCUCUCCUUCUACCGCUUCCCGCGGGACCCCAACAGGAAGCAGCGGUGGAUCGAAGCUGUGAACCGGGAGGGCUGGAUCCCUAACGACGGCAGCAGACUGUGUAGCACUCACUUCAUCUCAGGUAAACAGGUGAAGAAUCCACGUUCGCCAGAUUAUGUUCCCUCUGUGUUCACCACAGCUCCCUUAUCCCCAGAGAUGAAGGAGCCAGGUGCCUUGGAGACCCUGGACAAGCAGGAGGACCGCGUGGAGGCGGCCAACGCCUUGUUGUUCCUGCAGGGUCAGGGCAGCUCUGCGGUGGGUGAAAGGCUCCAGGAGGAGCGCCCAGAGGAGAGGGAGCAGGAAGCCAUCGUGGAGGAAAUUGGGUCCUCCUCCCUCAGCACUGACGAUGAGGAUGAUGAUGAAUCUGUGAGUGACAGUAAGAAAGGAAAGUUCUACGCAGCAGUGAACUUCGAAGACAUCCUGAAAGCCCUGAAGAAGGAAAACCAGGCCCUCAGGGAGUCUGUGGAGAAAAUGUCUCUGUCCGAGAAUUUCUUGAGGAACGAUGCAGAGAAGGUAAAGUUUUACACGGGUUUACCCAACUACUUUGUCUUAGAGACUGUAAUGUGGCUGCUGGCUCCACACAUGGACGGGAUGAAGAACGUCCGACUCUCCAAGUUCCAGCAGCUGCUGCUCACACUGAUGCGGCUCCGCCUGGACCUCCGCAACCAGGACCUGGCCUACCGCUUUGGCGUGAAAGUCGGCAUAGUAACCAGAACAGUGCACCAGAUGGUCAACAUCAUGUCCUCCACUCUGGUGCCAACAGCCGUCUUCUGGCCCUCCAGAGCCGAGCUCCGCAAGAACCUGCCGGCAGCUCUGCGCACCUCCCACCCUGACUGUGCUGUUAUCAUAGACUGUUUCACCGUGCCUUUUGAGGGGCCGGUUUCCCGGGGCAACCAGCAGCAGCAGCAGCAGCAGCAUCAGCAGCAGCAGCAUCAGCAGCAGCAGCAGCAGCAGAGGGCGGCGGCUACCUCUCAGGCAGCAGGGACAAGUCAUAACGUGUUAAAGUACCUGAUCGGUGUGGCUCCGCAAGGAGUCGUCACCUUUGUGUCCAGGGGUGUGCUGGGAAACGUAAGUGACAAGACCCUGGCGGAGGGCUGUGGGUUUCUCUGCAAACUGCUCCCAGGCGACAUCGUGUUGGCGAGUCGCAAUCUUGACAUUGCAGAUUCUGUGGCUGCACGAGGAGCCUUGUUUAAAAUUGCUUGCAGCUACCAAGGAGAGACUUGUGGGAGCUCGGACGCCUCGCCGCCUGCAGAUUCUUCCUCUGAGGUGGUGAGCGUGCCGAGGCAUGUGGAGAGGGUUAUCUCCAUGGUGAAGCGGAGAUACGCCAUGCUCACCGGCCCCGUCGAGAGCCCCUUCACCACGGCCUCCGAGCGCACGUCGAACCUGUCAACCUUUGAUAAGAUUGUGCAAGUCGCUUGUGCCUUAAACAACCUGUGCAUCUCUGCUGCUCCACUAGAGUGAUUUGUACAGUAUCACCUAGUGAUCCUUACUGCUGGUCGGGCACUUACAAUCCCUUUACUGCUUUGGACCUUAUUUCAUGUUCUCACACUUACAAUCCCUUUACUGCUUUGGACCUUAUUUCAUGUUCUCACACUACAUCCCUUUGUCAAUACAAAAUGAUAACUACAGAAAGUAAAUUUACACUAAUCCACUUUAAUUCUUGCUUUGAGAGAGCGUGUGACUUGGGCAGGUUAUACAUGGAAACGGGAGCUUCUCCCAAAUCCAGAAACCACAUUAUUGAAGCCGUUUUCAGACAUGACCUACUGGUGAAAUCCAGAGAAUUGGCUACGGAUUUAACCGCAGUUUUCCUUUCACAACACAGACAGAGGUUUUCUGCACAGAUGCAUUCACAGCUGAAUUAAAUUCUCUGCAUUAUUCAGGCAAGAAGUGGAGCAGCCGGGUCGAGCAGACACAGGCAGGACAUGUGUAUCACCGCUAUUUGACAGAAAGAUAUUUGUUUUUUUAUUGUGGGGGCUGUCACGCGUUCAAAGCAUCAUCAUCAACCUCUCCUGGAUAUCUACGGACCUGCUACUAGGAGGCCAGGUGGAGUGAGUCUUUAGAAACGGACUUUUGUGUUCACACAUGCACCUCCUCCAGAGAAAGUUUGGAGGAACUGCGGAGCUCAGUGCAUGUCUAAAACAGCUUAAGAUGUGAUGCCAUGGGGUUAUGCAACUCAACUGACAAAGAAUUGCAGACUUGCAAAGCAAGUUAUUUUUUCAGACGCUGAAUUAGCUCUGUAUGACUCAGAGUCGUCUUUUAUAGUAAACCUCAGCCAUUUAAGAAGGUACAGUAUAUAAACUGCAGUGUGGGUGGUGCUGUCCUGUGCCAUGCAAGCGUCUGCAAGUUCUUGUCACUCUCAACAAACGCUAGAGCAGCUGACUUCACUCAAUAUUUUCUCCCUUCGCAGAACACAAUACAAUACAGAGAGAUGCAGCCCAGAACAGGUUAGAUUAAAAAGAAUAGCAUGCACAGAAGUGCAAUAUCAGCUCCAUUGCAGCUCUGACAUGAAUAUUUCUGCGCCUUGUUUAUCUUUUAAGGACACACACGUUAUGGUUAAUUACGGUUGGGAUGAAAUACACCAUUUUUAUUUUUAUACCAUAAGUUUUAGCACAAGAAUACACUCACCAUGGCAUGAUAAGUCUUGUGUUGAUGAUGUGCUGGACUUAUACACUGUGUCACAUAGAGUCUCAUAGAGCGGAACAAAUUCACAGGCAAGCGCUUGUGCACUGAGACUAAGAUCCAUUCUUUUAUAUGCUUCUGCAAUUCUCCACAGUCACACAGCGUCAAAUUAGCAUUACAAGUAAUUGGAGCAAAUAGGGUUAUGAAAGGAAAGAUGUCCCGAAGGCGACCUGUGUUCGUUCUGGGAUGAGACAGCGCAAGUGUUGUCGAUGAGGCUGUUCGGCUGAGCGCGUUGGCCUCGGAACUCUGAAAAUUUACUUUUAAUUUGUGACCGAUUAAUUCUCAUCAUCUGCUUUGCUGAUUGUGUUCGGCUCUAAUUGAUUGUUAACACUCUGAACCAUGACUACAUACCACUGAGAAGAGUACAAAGCUGGAGGCUGUUUUCAAGAAUGGUUACCAGCCAAUGGAAAGCUGUUUUUAAACAGUUUGUCUAUCUUGGCUCCUGUAUGGGCUUUCGUGUCCUCAUUUCAAGUGAAAAAUAUGUUUUUGAUUUAGAGAAGAAAAUAACUUCAGUAUAACCUGUGUGAAGAAACCAUGUUGAUUGAAACGUGUUCUCUGUUGUCCUGCAGUGCAGCUGCCUUAGUUUGUUAAGCCGCUGUUACAAAUUAGCCUUCUCUACAUCCUAUAAUAUGCUUUAGACUGUUGUUCUGCUUUGGUUACGAAGCUAAAUGUGCGUAAACACUCAGCACUGAACCAUAAAUCAUCCUUGAUUCCAGCUCAGUCAGAUCUGUGUGUGCACACUGCACAGUGAUAAUUGUCCAAUUUCUAUUUGGAGGUAAGCUACUCCUCCUUGUACCCUUUAAUAUGUACAAACACCAAAUGAUGUCAAAUAGAUGGAAUGUACAUUUCAACUGUGAUCCUUGUGCUUUGGCUCAGCGCCUCUAUUUAAUCAGAGAGGGUUUUUCACACAUUGAGAAGCUUUAUCCAGUGAAAAAGACAAAACCGUGUCAGUUCUGAUGCACGGCUUUAGAAGAUGUCCGGUUCAUGGCAUGUUGUGGUACCCCAAAGUGGAUCGUGCCUUCUGUUCUCAGGCCCCUGCAUAUUCUUGUAUGUGACUGGUUGUGUUUUUCAUGUGUUCAGUUUCCAAUCCUUGAGGUUCCACAUCAAACUGAAACUGAUUUUUUUUCCAGCUGCCAGAUGUCUUUUCUUAUUUUCACCACGAAGGUUGUGUUUUCACCCCUGUAUUUGUUUUUGAGCAACAUAACACAAACAACUGAAGGGCUUUCCCUUAAACUUGAUGGAAGAACUAAAUUUUGGUGCAGAUCAUGGAAUGUUUUUUUCUCUGUCUCUAACACUGAGAUAGACAUUCUCAUCCAGAACAUAAUUAAUGCAUCUUGACGAAUUGAAUGGUCUUGGCGGAGUUAUGCGCUCUCUACUGAGGGUCAUCCCUGCUUACGUUAAGUUUUCCAUUUACUCCAAAGGAAAGGAAAAAAUGAAAUCAAUUAGCAAUCCUUAAAAUUGAAAAGUUAAUAUUUCCUUUAAUAAAUUUACUUUUCGGACGAACAGAAA